AGUACCUGAAUGACUUGUUGGACUCUUUUCCUUGAUAACAUAAAGAGUUUAGUUAUAAAAGAGGUCUUAAGGAGGAAGCACGAACAAAAACAGAGAGCUCGAAGAUACCAUUGCAGCCGGCGUUCCUUCAAUCAAUGAAUAAUUUUGUCUACCUUCCGAGCCUUCCUCCCUCGCUUAGCGAAAGAGAUCACAACAACACCCAAAAAAAUCAUCACCAACCAAAAACAACAAUUAGAGACAAAACGCCCGGGCACACAGUACUUCGGUAUUAUUACCGAAGUACUGUGUGCCCGGGCGCCCAAGCGCAUAGCUUGUUCGCGGUGGCGGAGGGAAUGGCGUAGUUAAGUUGUCGUUAGGAGGCACGGUGGCGAGUCAGCGACAAACCCGGUCGGUCUUUUGGCCACCCACUUUCUGGGUGGCCUAACCGGGCUUGCUGGGGAGGAAAUGCUUAUUUAAAUUUACAUAGUUAUGAAAUUUCGUUUGUGGGUUA